AUGUUACGGAAUAAACCAGUCAAUUCUUUUUUAAGUUCAUUUACAACCGAUAUGCUAAAAAACAACAAUACUACUAUGAAGCCUGAAUCUAACAGUCUUUCACAAUAUAAAGCCUCUGUAUUGAAAGCUGCAGCUGCCAAUAAAAAUACUGAGUCACAAAUAAAUAAUGGAACAACAAAGGAAAAUGCAGAUAUAAUUAUUGAAGAAAAUAAUAUAGAGGCAUCAAAUCAAAAUAAUUCCCAAGAAAAAAGCACUACUCUGAAUAAGAUACAAAAGUUUAAUGAAGAUUCAGAAGAUUAUACUUCUCACAAAUUUAAUAGCAAUAUCAACUCAAAACUAAAAAACAAGAGUAAGAUGAAAGUUAUUAAGGAAGAUAUUAACGAAGACAAGGAUAAAAUUGAAACAAUGGAAAUGACCACUCCAAUUUCUGAAAAGGUUAGGCAAAUUGGUGGAGUCUCUGAAUCUGAUGGCCUUGUUAUGAGAGAUACUGGAGGGAGAAGGAAAAUUAGAAAGCAUAAGUCAAAGAAAAAAGAUUAUAAAGAAGUAUCUUUUGAUGAAGAAAAUGGCUGUGGACAGAAAAAUGGCUCAAAUGAAAGUAAUAGUGAAGAUGCUCAUAGGGAAAAGAAGAGACAAGAAGAAAGAGAUUUUAAUCCAAAGAGAACCAUAUUUGUUAGUAAUUUAUCAAGGAUUUUAACUAAAAAAACUUUGGCCAAUCUUUUUAUAGAUGAACUCGGAUCAGGGGAUAUUUUUGAAUUACGUAUUAGAACCUUUUCAACCUUUGUAAAUGUGAAAAAUAAGAAUCAAAAUAAGGAGAUUGAAAAAGAAGAUGAUGAUCGUACCAGAAGGAAGCUCAAGUUGCGUCGACAAAAAAACUAUGCCUUUAUUGAAUUCCCGUAUGAUAUUGAUUUUGAGAAAUUGAAAGGCAAAUAUGAUCGUAGAAUAUUGAUUGAUCGUGAAAUUUAUAUCAAUAAAGCUUUAACUACUCAAGAGAUUGCAGAAAGAAAAAAUAUCAAAUAUGAAAAUAAGAUGAAAAACAAUAACACCAAACUCAAAACAAAUGAUCAAGCUAGCUUUACCAGGGAUGGAAAUAAGGAUACCAAACCUGAAGAUAAAUCAGUAAAUAAAAAUAAAUCUACCGACACAUUAUUUGUUAAGGGUAUACCUUAUUUUGCUACUAAGCGUGAAAUUGCACAUUUUUUUAAGACAGAAGAAGAAUUAGUUACGUUAUUAAUGCAGAAAAUGAAGAUAUCAGACUCAGGUGAUAUAUUUUAUUCAAGAAAAAAGAACAUUGGCAAAGCAUUCAUCAAAUUCAACGGUUGCAGCACAGAUAUAGAAGAACAAGUUGACAGAUUCAAUGGGAAAAUAUUCCAAGACAGAAAACUUUCCAUUACCAUCGCAUCUGAUAAAAAACAUUUCUCCGCAGAAGGUGUUUAUUAA